GUUCCGCUUGCAAUCAUGGCAGGUGCUGACAGCCAGGUAAAUGCUGGGGGAGAAAAGAAGGCAGAGGGCGGAAAGAAGAUGAAUGAGGGGGCCGGCGAUGGAGGGCGAACGGAGCUGACUCCCUGGCCUGCAUUUAUCAAUGAGCGUUUAGAGAUGUACAAUAAACUUAAAGCUGAACAUGAUGCGCUUCUUGCAGAAAGAGCUGCAAAUGACAGUAAACCCAUUAAAGUUACAUUACCUGAUGGCAAGCAAGUUGAUGCUGAAUCUUGGAAGACUACUCCUUAUCAGAUCGCUUGUGGAAUUAGUCAGAGUUUAGCUGACAACACUGUUAUUGCUAAAGUGAACAAGAUGGUUUGGGAUCUAGACCGUCCUUUGGAGCAGGAUUGUACCCUGGAGCUGCUUAAGUUUGAAGAUGAAGAGGCUCAAGCAGUAUACUGGCACUCAAGUGCUCAUAUAAUGGGCGAAGCUAUGGAGCGAAUCUAUGGUGGCUGUUUGUGCUAUGGCCCACCAAUAGAAAAUGGAUUUUACUAUGACAUGUACCUUGAGGAAGGGGGUGUAUCAAGUAAUGACUUCUCUGCUUUGGAAACCUUAUGCAAAAAGAUAAUGAAGGAAAAACAAGCUUUUGAAAGACUGGAAGUUAAGAAGGAAACACUGCUUGAAAUGUUCAAGUAUAAUAAAUUCAAGUGUCGUAUCCUGAAUGAGAAGGUCACUACUCCAACUACAACAGUAUACAGGUGUGGUCCCUUGAUAGAUUUGUGCCGAGGGCCUCAUGUUAGACAUACUGGGAAGAUAAAGACCAUAAAAAUUCAUAAGAAUUCUUCUACCUAUUGGGAAGGCAAGGCAGAUAUGGAAUCCCUCCAGCGGAUCUAUGGCAUUUCAUUCCCAGAUGCAAAAAUGCUGAAGGAGUGGGAGAAAUUCCAGGAGGAGGCUAAAAGCAGAGAUCACAGAAAAAUUGGGCGGGACCAAGAACUGUUUUUCUUCCAUGAGCUCAGCCCUGGUAGCUGUUUUUUCUUGCCAAAAGGAGCUUACAUUUAUAACACGUUAAUUGAAUUCAUCCGGAGUGAGUAUCGUAAACGUGGAUUCCAGGAGGUUGUUACUCCAAAUGUUUUCAACAGCAAACUGUGGAUGACUUCAGGGCACUGGCAGCAUUACAGUGACAACAUGUUUUCCUUUGAAGUCGAGAAAGAAAUCUUUGCUCUGAAGCCUAUGAACUGUCCAGGACACUGCCUUAUGUUUGAUCAUCGCCCAAGAUCAUGGCGUGAGUUGCCGCUACGGUUGGCUGAUUUUGGUGUUCUGCAUCGCAAUGAACUGUCUGGAGCUCUCACAGGACUCACUCGAGUACGCCGGUUCCAGCAGGAUGAUGCUCACAUAUUCUGUGCUAUCGAGCAGAUUGAAGAGGAGAUUAAGAGUUGUCUGGAGUUCUUGCGAACUGUGUAUGAUGUCUUUGGAUUUUCCUUUAAGCUGAAUCUUUCUACUCGUCCUGAAAAGUACCUGGGAGAUAUUGAAGUGUGGAAUCAAGCUGAAAAGCAACUCGAAAACAGCCUCAAUGACUUUGGUGAGAAGUGGGAGUUAAACCCUGGUGAUGGCGCUUUCUAUGGACCUAAGAUUGACAUUCAGAUUAAAGAUGCCAUUGGCCGCUACCACCAGUGUGCUACAAUCCAACUUGACUUCCAGCUGCCAGUCAGAUUUAACCUCACCUUUGUCAGCCAUGAUGGCAAUGACAAGACAAGACCAGUUAUCAUUCAUCGGGCUAUCUUGGGAUCUGUGGAGAGAAUGAUUGCCAUUCUAACUGAAAACUAUGGAGGCAAAUGGCCACUCUGGCUGUCCCCGCAGCAGGUCAUGGUGGUACCAGUGGGACCAGCAUGUGAUGAAUAUGCUCAAAAGGUCAGGCAGCACUUCCAUGAUGCUGGAUUAAUGGCAGACGUUGAUGUAGAUCCUGGGUGCACACUGAAUAAGAAGAUCAGAAAUGCUCAGCUAGCACAGUAUAACUUCAUUCUGGUUGUUGGUGAAAAGGAGAAGGCAAGUGGAACAGUUAACAUCCGCACCCGAGAUAACAAGGUGCAUGGUGAGCGUACAAUUGCAGACACUGUGGAGAGACUGCUGGAUCUGAAAAGUUCUCGCUCCAGACAAGCUGAGGAGGAAUUUUAACACCAGCUGCUCUACUUGGCAUAAAAGAUCUAGUUUUCCUCAUUCAGUUAGCCACACAGUUUUUAUGCUGAACCAGAUUUGAAAUGUUUUUCUCAUUGGGCCUUUUACUCAUUUUAGCAGAGAUGUUUCUUUACUCAGAAACAUCUGGUUUUGUAAAAAUCAGAUUUUCACAAACCUCGAAGUAAAAUAUCCUGGCCUCUGAUCAGUGUCAGAUGAAGCAAAAUGAAAUGACUUCUUGUGGCUGCAAGGGCAAAUGGGAAUGUUAAUUAGGGAUACCCAUAUCAUUCUAACUACUCUGUUACAAAUAAAAUGCAUUUAGAUAGCAAAUGUUUUUCAUGAAAGUUUAAAGGCCUUAGGCUUAAGAAACCGCAUAAUAACCAUGCACUGCAUCAGCCAUUGGAGUGUCUCCUUUAGAAAGGAAAGUAAGACAUUGCAGUCCUGUCUGCUGGUCUUACACUAACUAAAUGUUGACUGAACAGUUCCUGGUCAUAGGAUCAGGGAAGUAAACAGUGGUCUUCUCUUUUCUUCUCCUUCAGUAGCGGUUGGUGCCUCUGGGAAGGUCUUUGCUUUCACUGUGUGACAUUCCUCACAUGGGGCUGCCUGCCACACAGUACCGAGCUGGUAACCGAAGCCAGCUGUACUCUCUUCCAAGGCAGUAUUUGAGAAAUGCUGGCUCUGCGGGUAACACUGUUGUAGCUGUAGCAUGGGGAUAAGAUUGUCUGGAAGAGGUAGGGCCAAAGAAGCAGCUAAUGAAACCAGGGAACGCUGAUUGUUUCUGUUCAUGUCUGUGAGGUGUCCUUUCAGUAAAGCCGUAGACCUCACAGCAGAAACAAGAAUGUACCGAACUAAAGGGGAUAAUUACUAUUUUUUCUUUUCUUUUAUGGAUAAAUGCUGUGUUUUAAUUCAGUAGGUACAGCGUCCCCUUCCAUGGAACACUUCCUUCCUAAGCCUUUUGUGCAGGACAUCACAUUCUCAAUUAGCAGCCCAUCCUGUCUUGCAGUUACGGGAUCUCAUAAAUGUGUUUUGGAUUUGGUGGGGUUUUUUGUACAUCUGGCUGACAAAUGUCUGUUAUUGACAAAAAAAUAAAAUCAUGGUCUGAAGGUU